AUGAUUCAUCGAGGAAUACCCGUGUCGGGAAGCACGAAAGCGUUAGGGAUUCAGGGCCUCAAGGAUGGGAUUCGGGAAGCCCCAGUCGGCAAGUCUGAAAUGACCAUUGCCUCGGACUCUGGUCAAGCAACGGCCGCAACUGUCCGGUAUUGGACGACUGGGUUGCCCAGUUGUCCUACCCUGGUUGCUAGUUUGCCAUCAUUCCGACGGUUUCCUUUGAAGCUUGAGCAAGCACACCAAGUGUCGUCGGCCAGUGAGAGCCUUCGGUCUUGGAUAUUCCCAAACCUCGUCAGAGCAAAAAUGAGGAAACCCGCUGAAGGCAAGGCACUUGCCCAUCGCUCCCGAGGAAAGUCGAGCCCGAGCAUACCACCCGGUCAACAGAAAUUUCCUCAACCGACCAGCAGUCCUCCAUCCUCAAUGUUAUCUCGUCACUCGCGAUGGAUGCCUUCAUCGGCUCGGAGCUCGAAACUCUUUGGCAGGCCCAUACAUUCCACUCGUUGCGUCUUGGAGAACCAAAAGGACGGUGCUGGUCGGCCGAUAGAACCCAUCCGCGAGAAUGCCACCGAGCCAGACCCAAAGGCACACUCGAUCAACCUUCAGCCGAUUGCUCGACCAACCCCUGCUUCUCAACAUUCAAAUUCAGCAUCCUUCCGACCUUCUGCUGCACCACAUUCCAACCCCACUACGAACAUGCGUCCGCCAUCGCAGACUAGUGCACCCUACCCCGGCCGAGAAGGAUAUCCCCAGUUCGCGCCGAAUCAGGUGAACCGCCACCAGCCUAGCCCCAACUUCCAUCCAUCUGGCUACCCUCCCAACUUCCAGCGCCCGAACCCAGGACAGCCUUCGUUUGCCCCCCGGAAUGGUUAUAAUCACUCUUUUCAAAGAUCUCCUCCAUCCUAUGCAGGAACAGGCGGCCAACCUCAACCGGAUCGCAGGACUCCCCCGAAUUUCUAUCAUCAAGCCCGGCCAGAAAAUGCUUCCCGCUUUGCCCAACAAUUCCCGCCACCUCCAUCACCACUGGGCCAAGGCUUCCCAGGUAGCAACGGCCAACCAGCACGACCCUUUCCUCACACCUACGCCCCGCCCUCCAAUCCACCCCAAUCGUUUCCCCCUCACUUAUUUCGGCCGCCAUAUCCCCCGGGAUCAUCCGUUCAGCCUCACCCGGGACCCGGGAUGCCUCCGCCGCCCGUCUACCCACCACCAGAUGGUGCAUUUCCUCAAUAUCCAAUGUCACGCUCCAAGAAAAGUUCCCAGCCUGGCGCCACUUUAGAUUUUGACUUCCAAGAUCUUGCUGGGCCGGAUGCGCUUGGUCGAUUGGCGCCUAAUCAGAAUGUGCCAUCCAAAUCAAUGGCCAACAAUCCUCUACCAUUUCCUCAUCCAUCGACCGGUCACGGAGCUCCCAACUCGCCCGAUGGACGUUCGUUUGUUAGACCUCCAUACCCCGAACAAUGGAGAAAUCGUGACCCUGGAGCCUACCCCAACUCCCCACAAAGUCCUAAUUUUAACUCGAGAAACCCCGAUUGGAGCAAAAGUCGUCCAGGUGCACGCGCCAGAAGUGGGAAUGGCCCAAGCUCAAGGACGGGCCCAAGACCAAACCAUGGCCUCAGAGGUAGAGGGCGUGGUGCGGUACAACUAGAGCCAGAGCCAAGCUUGCCACCCCCGCCAAAAACGAUCCUCGAUGAGCGGGGACAGUACGGUGUAGGUCCAACUCCACUAGGCGUCCCGGAAAGCAUUUCCUCGACCCAAUCGUCCAAGGGCUUAAAGACCGAAGAACCUCUCGAUGAUUACAAGAAGAUACGCGAGUUGAUUGCCGGAUCGAACACUCCAAUCACCCUUCCGGGAUUCUCCCAAGCGAUCGCUUUCGAGAAUUCUCACCUCCUUCAAUCUCCCCAUUCCUCCGAGAUCAGUUGGGCCCAUGGUCAAGCUAAUAAGGACCAAAUCGUCAAAAGAGCGUUCGACCUCGUCAUCAAGAACCCCUCCUUGGAAAUCAAUCAGAAACGACAGACCGUCGCGCUGGUUGACUUCUUGAUGCUUUCCCGUGAAGAACGCUCAGCAAAAAUCAAAUCAAGCUCAUAGUCUCACUGUUGCUCUCAAUAGAAUUUAACCUCAUAGAAACUUUCUGGCUCUCUUGUCUUUUCUCUUUGAUUAGUGAAGUUUGUAACUGUCAGUGAUUUACAAAUAACAUCUUUGACCAUAAUAACUGAAGGAGGUUGACACAACAGCACUACAUACAUGAUGUGUAUCAUGAACAUGACAAUCUGUGCAGCAGUCUUCAUUUGACCUGCGUAACAUCAACUCAAAGCUCAGACAUCCUCCAUAAGUGAUCCAUUCUCAAUAUCCUCCAUUUCAACCAACUCCCUUCCCUAGAAGCACUUGCAUGAGUGCAGUGAGCUACUGACAGCAGUACUUUAUAGAGCUCUUCUCUCUGGUUUGGUUUCAACCUGGUAGUUGUACAUAGUGGCAUUCUACCAAGCCAUGUGUGUAGAAUGAUGAAGUCCAGUCUUUUUUUCACUUGCUCAUCAAAAAAAAUAACAAAGCAGUUCAUAUCAAGGGAUAUCAAAUAUGGCCAAAUCCACCAUUAUGUGAUUGAUGGGUCUGGAAAAAA